CUCGCGCUCGAAGCCGCCUCGUCGGGAGGAGCGCCGCCGUCCGCCGUGCCGCUUCGGGACUCCGUCCUCGCCUCGCCGGCGUCGCCCAGGGUUCUGGAGAAGCGGCCGAGGCCGGGGAACGGGGCUCCGCGGUUCCAACGAUUAACUGCUGAAGUACUGAUCGAGUUCUGCGUUUCUUCAAUGAGGAACUACAGGCUGAUCUUCUGCCAUAAUCUCAAACAACCGUAAAUGACAGAAGCAAGCUUGCUCAGUGAGGGUAGCUGCUGCAGAAGCCGUUUUUUAAACUUAGGUGUUUAAGUACUCAAAGAAAAGACAGCUUUGAUUUCUGGCUGCAAAAAAGAUAUGAGGAAGAGCUCCUCCCCUUCCUUGAGUAACUGCAACUCCGAUCUUGCUAACAAAAUAUUUGGGACUCCACUUGAUGAGCUGCAGCAGGGAGGACACCCAGACAGUGCGGUUCCGUUCCUAGUCCGCCACGUUGUGGACUAUAUUGAGGAACAUGGAGGUCUGGAGCAACAAGGGCUGUUUCAAGUCAAUGGGAACGCUGAGACCGUGGAGUGGCUUCGGCAGAGGUACGACAGUGGAGAAGAGGUGGAUUUGGUCAAGGAAGCGGACGUCCCCUCAGCCAUCAGUCUCCUCAGGUUUUUCCUGCAGGAGCUCCCUGAGCCCGUCAUACCUGGCAGCCUGCAUAUUCACUUGAUGCAGCUUUCUCAAGAUUAUAAUAAUGAAGAUGAAUUUGGAAGAAAGCUGAGGUUCCUCUUGCAGCAGCUCCCACCUGUCAACUACAGUUUGCUAAAGUUUCUGUGUAGGUUUCUAGCCAAUGUAGCAUCACACCAUGAGGAAAUUUGGUCUGCUAAUUCUUUGGCUGCUGUUUUUGGUCCAGAUGUCUUCCACGUUUACACAGACGUGGAAGACAUGAGGGAGCAAGAGGUUGUGAGCAGGAUAAUGGCGGGGCUUCUGGAAAAUUACUGUGAGUUCUUUGAGAAUGAAGAGGAGGAUUUUUCAUCAAAUGAUCUGAGUUCAAUUACUGAGCAGGUUAAUGAACUUUCUGAGGAAGAAGAGGAAGAUGAAAAGCUGGAACAUAUAGAAGAGCUUCCAGAAGAAGGCGUAGACAAGUCGGAUGGCUUGCCAGAGGGGUUGCAGUUAAGGAUGACUGAGAACGUCCUGGAACCAGAGGCUGUUACAGCAUCAGCACGGGUUGAUGCUGCUGCUGAUUCUGCUAAUGCCAGUGAUGGUAACAUAAAGUGUUCAAAACCUAUGGCUGGUACUACCACAGAUAAUGAAGUCAUGCAGCAAGAUUUUAUAUUUGAGGAUCAAAAAAAUAAUCAGUCUGUAGGUAUACUGUUAGAGCCUUGUAGUGACCACGGUGAUAGUGAAGAUGGCUGUCUUGAGAGGAAGGAAUAUUUGUUAUGUGACAGUGAUAAAUUGCCACACUUGAUUCUGGAUUCUAGUAGCAAGAUACGUGAUUUGAAUGCCAACACUGAAUCAGAAGUAACUGACAGUCAGAGUGUUGGUGUUCAAGGAGAAGCAGCAUGUAUACAAGUUGCACAUUUAGACCUGAAGAAUGUCUCUGAUGGUGAUAAAUGGGAAGCAUCAUGCCUUAUCACUUUCCCCCUCAUUGAUUUCAAAACAAUGCAUCUGCAGAGAGAUGGGGAGGAGCCGUUUCCUGCAUUUAAGUCUUGGCAAGAGGACUCUGAGUCUGGAGAAGCCCAGCUGUCUCCACAGGCUGCAAGGAUGACUCACCACCCCCUGGGAGAGGACUGCCCUCCAGUACUAUCACAUCGUAGUUUAGAUUUUGGACAGAGCCAGCGCUUCCUACAUGACCCAGAAGCGUUGGACUUCUCGUCAAAGGCACUUUCCUUCACGAGAAUUCGAAGGUCAUCCUUUAGUUCAAAAGAUGAAAAAAGAGAAGACAGAACACCUUAUCAGCUGGUCAAGAAGCUUCAGAAAAAAAUCAGACAAUUUGAGGAGCAAUUUGAAAGGGAAAGAAAUAGCAAGCCCUCCUACAGUGACAUUGCAGCCAAUCCAAAGGUACUAAAAUGGAUGACAGAGCUUACAAAGUUGCGGAAGCAAAUUAAAGAUGCAAAACACAAAAACUCUGAUGGAGAAUUUGUAACUCAGACACGUCCUCGGAGUAACACUCUUCCAAAAAGUUUUGGCUCUUCUCUAGACCAUGAAGAUGAGGAGAAUGAAGGUGAACCCAGAGUCAUUCAGAAGGAGAAGAAGCCAUCUAAGGAAGCGACUCUUGAACUUAUUACAAAACGAUUGAAGGAAAAUCGUGCUGAGCGCCACCUUCCUGAGGAUAUCAAGAAAAUGACAAAAGAUCAUUUGAUAGAAGAGAAAACGUCUCUGCAAAAAAGCCUGCUUUACUAUGAAAGUCAACACGGAAGGCCGGUAACCAGGGAAGAAAGGCACAUUGUUAAGCCUCUCUAUGAUAGAUACAGGCUUGUAAAACAGAUGCUGACAAGAGCUAGCAUCACUCCUGUCCUUGGGUCUCCCUCCACAAAGCGCCGGGGUCAGAUGUUGCAGCCAAUCAUAGAAGGAGAAACAGCACAUUUUUUUGAAGAAAUCAAGGAAGAAGAAGAAGAUGGUGUCAGUCUGUCCUCUGAGUUAAGUGACAUCUUGAAAACAACUGUGCACACACAGUCAUCAUUAGAAAACUCAGAGUCUGAUGCUGAAGAGAACCAAGAGAAACUGGCUCGGGAUCUCCGUCUGUCAUGUACACGGGCAGCUUCUAUGCCUGAAUUACUGGAACAGCUUUGGAAAGCCAGAGCUGAGAAAAAGAAACUACGAAAAACGUUACGGGAAUUUGAAGAAGCGUUUUAUCAACAAAAUGGAAGGAAUGCCCAGAAAGAGGAUCGUGUCCCAGUGCUUGAGGAGUACAAGGAGUACAAGAAAAUUAAAGCCAAGCUCAGACUUCUUGAAGUUCUUAUCAGCAAACAGGACUCUUCAAAAUCCAUAUAAAGUAUGUUCCCUGAGCACUGGCAUCGUAAACUCGGCUGUGUUCCUUGGAGGUUCACCAUGUGUACUUGGCUGGCACUCGAGUUCACGGUCAGGCACUCAGAAUAAUUAAUCCCCUUGCACUCGGUGGUGGUUCAGUAGGGAAGGAAGGCUGUCCCACAUUACCGCAGAUUCCUCCAUUGUUUACUGCAGAUCCAUCUAUUAGCAAAAGACAAGAAUUUUAUUCUUUUCAAGAACUUUGGAAAUACAAAGCUUUUGUUUACUGUUUUGUUUUUCCUUUUUCAUUACUGAAGAAAUGAGAGGAAAAUCUUGACACUGAAUUCUUCAGUUGCCAUUUUCACAGAAUGACUGAGAAUUUAAAAAGAAAAGCCUAUAAAUGUGACAUAUGCAGCUGUAUUGUUUUUCCUAGAAAACCAAACUGAAUUUUCAAAUCCUAGUGUGGAACACCUUUCUGUGUAAUUCCCAGAGUGACACCUGCACAGAUAGUACUUAGCUAGAAUUUGCAAAUCAGUGGUCCCACCUGAACGAAGAUAACAGUGGGUAGACACAAUCACACGCGUCUCUCACGUCACAUGUCACAUGCCGUCACGUCACAUGCCGUCUACAGGACUUGAGUUACUGUCUACCAGCAGUGAUGUGUCUUGUCUGCAUCAGAUCCAUGCCAGUGUGGAGGGACUCGGAUGGUGCUCAGCUGUGUGUGUUUUACACUGGGCCUCGAUGGGCACAAGAAUGGUUACACCUCAAUCCAUCUGUUCUUCAAGGGCUAUACCACUGCAGCUGUUCAUGCCACUCAGAGGGCUGCUCUGCCUCUCCCUCCAAAGUCACUUGCUGUCCACAGCAGCCACUUCCAGGAUGUGUAGUGUAUGCCCCUUGCCAUACAGACAUACGUACAUGGACUCUCAGCCUCUCUUUUCCUUCGGCUUUGCAUGGCUUUUCUUCAGGUAAUCUGCUAAUCAUUUUUAUGGAGUAGUAACUUGUAUUAAUACAAUAGAUGUGGGUCAGGCUUAAUCUAAAUGGAUCAUUCUUCCUCCUCCUCCUUCCCCUCCCCCCUCCCCAGGUGCUUUUUUGAAUUGGUAAAUGUCUCACUGCCCAUGCUUUGCAUGUAAUGACUCAUGCAUGAUUUUCUUAAUAGUUUGUCUCAUACAAAUGGAAUUUCACAAACAUCUUCAGUAAGGUGAGGAAAGCAUGCACCUCGGUCUUCUGGCACUAUUAUUUAACAGGAAGAGCAUGAGGUAGCUUGGUAAUAAAUAGUGUCUCUAGUACUUCCCACUUCACGUGUGUGCGAUGCCUUUUUGUGGGGAGAGGGUAAAGUCCAGCGGAAGUGAAUGUGUAGUUGGAAGAUUUUUUUUUAAAGCACUAAAUCCAGCUUUGUUUGUGUGGUUCCUUUUGAUAUUGCUAGCUCAUUCAUAAUGUAUUUUUAGGAAAGUAAUUAAGAAUGCCAAAAAAUGUAUCAUUUGAUUUGAAUCCAUCAUGUGGUGUACUUUUUAGUUUCUUUUGGUCUCCAGACAGGAUUGCUACAUGUAGUUUUAUGUGCACUGUAUAUUUUUAUGAAUGUUUUAUUUUGUAUACCACAUGCAAAAAUGUCCAUGUGCACUAUUUAAAUUUUUUAAAUAAUAUAUUCCUUCUCUAUAACGCUAAAUCUAUUUGAGUACAAUAUUUUUAUAAGUGUGUAGCUUGACUGGUUUCACUGAGUUACAGCUGCAUCAUGAUUUGGUCAUUUGGUGUUAGUUUUGGCUGAGUAGUGAAAUGACAGCACACUUGUCACUUAUUCAUGGUUUAGUGGUGGUGAUAGGAUUAGGCACCUGAGAGUUUUACUUUGGCACAUAUAAAAAUCAUAUUUGCAUAGAAAUAUUAUAUAGAUACGUAUGUCCACCCGUGUGAUCACAUUGCUGUGUUCCUUUGGCACUUCAUUGUACAGAAUUUUGUAAUAAAAGAACUUUAAUGUUCUAA